GUUGCGGACCUUCUUGUGGGUGUCACUGUGAUGCCCUUCAGCGCCAUCCGGACCAUUCAUGGCUGCUGGUUUUAUGGUGAUGACUUUUGUCUGCUGCACUCUAGUUUUGAUAUGUUUCUUACCUCUGUCUCUAUCUUCCACCUAAUUUGCAUUGCUGUAGACAGACAACAAGCAAUAUGCAAUCCUAUGCAUUAUUCUAGGAAUAUCACAAUGUCAGUAGCCUGGAUUAUGGCAUGUGCCAGCUGGGCACUGGCUGCUGUCUACUCUUAUGGACUACUUUACUCAAAGGCCAACAUAGCAGGGUUAGAGGAUUAUUUGGCAUCAAUAAAUUGCCUUGGCAGUUGUAACCUUCUCUUUAACCCUCUUUGGGGAGUCCUGGACAGUGUUGCCGCUUUUUUCUUUCCCUGCACUGUCAUGGUUUGCCUUUACACUAAAAUAUUUUUUGUGGCUAGAGAGCAUGUGAGAAAGAUUGGAGAUAUGAGCAAUUAUUCAAAUAACAGUGUAAAAGGUGGGUUGAUUAAACAGUCUGAGCAUAAGGCUGCAAAGACUCUGGGCAUUGUGCUUGGUGCAUUCAUCUUUUGUUGGAUGCCGUUUUUUAUCAGUUCUAUAAUUGAUGCCUACAAUGGCUUUAGUACACCUGCUGCCAUCUUUGAAGCAUGUGUUUGGAUGGGUUAUUUCAAUUCAACAUUAAACCCAAUUAUUUAUGCCUUCUUUUAUCCUUGGUUUAAGGAAUGUUUUCAUCUCAUUGUCAAUCUGAAAAUAUUUGACUCCCAUUCUUCAACCAUAAAGGUGAUACAUUUAUGA